UAGAACUAGGGUUCACCUUACGUAUAUAAUAAAGUACCACGGGCUAUUGACCGUCUUUUCUCCAAUCUUCUUUUUUUUUCUUCGUCUUCUAUAUACAAAUACAAAAUAAUAUAAUCACCCCAAAUUCUCCCCUUUAAUCUUUCAAUUCAAUACUAUAAAAUUUUGCUCCAUCUAUCUGUAAUAAUAACUCAAUGGCAAAGAAAUCCAAAGACAAGCAAAAACAAGAAGUACAACAACAACCAAACAAUGAAACCUCAAAUUCAUCAGAUAUUUUCAAUACCCUUUUUGGAACAACUCCAACAGAUUCCAACAUUGCUUCCCUUUUUUCCGACCAAAAUCCCUUCAAAAGAAAGCCUACCCAACAACCUAAAUUAGAUGAUGUUCUAGAAAAUAAUGAUUCUGGUAGUGUAGAAGAAACCAAGAAAAAGAAGAAAAAGGGUAAAAAUGUAAUUUUGGGUAUGGAGUCUGUAGCUGAAGAGGGCAAUGAAGAAGAAGAAGAGGGUGGAAAAUCCAAAAGGGUGUCUUUAUCUGGGAUUGAAGAGUCAAAUGGUGUGAAGAAAAAGGGUAAAAAGGUAAUCUUGGAUGCAAAAUUUGUAGAAGCUAAUGAGGAAAAGGGCAAAAAAGUAAUUUUGAAUUCAGGGUCUGAAGGUGUAGAAGGUAAUGAGUUAUCUGGGAUUGAGGAAUCAAAUGGUGUGAAGAAAAAAGGUAAAAAGGUAACUUUGGGUGCAGAAUCUGUAGGUGAAGAAGGUAAUGAGGAUAAGGGUAGUAACCCCAAAAGGGAAGAGGAAGAAAAUGGUAAGAAAAUGAAGAAGAAGAGGAAAAGGGAUGAGAUAGAGGCGGAGUACGAGGCAAAGAGAUAUGGGGUGGUUGCAAUGGAGGAGGUAGAGAAAGGGAUUGGAGAAAUGAUGGUAGGUGAAAAGAGGAAGAAGAUGGAUAAUCCAAAAGAUAUGAUGGUUUCAAAUGAGGGAUUUGAUGAUGAGAGUAAACUUUUAAGGACAGUUUUUGUUGGGAAUUUGCCUUUGAAGAUCAAGAAGAAGGCUUUAUUGAAGGAGUUUGGGAGUUUUGGAGAGAUUGAAUCAGUGAGGAUACGGUCGAUUCCGGUAGCUGAUAGUGCAACUCCAAGGAAGGCUGCUAUCAUUAAGAAAAAGCUCAAUGAUAAUGCAGACAGUGUUAAUGCCUAUGUUGUUUUUAAGUCGGAGGAAUCUGCCCAGGCAUCGUUGGCCCAUAAUAUGGCAGUGGUCGAAGGAAGACAUAUCCGAGUUGACAGAGCAUGUCCACCACGCAAGAAGAUGAAGGGAGACAAUAGUGCAUUGUAUGACAACAAAAAGACUGUUUUCGUGGGUAACCUUCCAUUUGAUGUGAAGGAUGAAGAAAUUUAUCAGCUGUUCUCUGGUACGAAAGAAUUUGAAUCAAGCAUUGAGGCUGUUCGGGUGAUCAGAGAUCCCAAUACUCUCCUAGGAAAAGGAAUUGCUUAUGUUUUGUUCAAAACGAGGGAGGCUGCGAACAUUGUUUCUAGAAAGCGUAACUUGAAGCUGCGGGAUCGCGAGCUGAGGGUGUCUCAUUCUAAAGCAAAUGCUACUCCAUCUAAGAGGAAAAGCUUGCCAACCGAAGACAGAUUCAGGUCACCAGCAAAGAAAUUUGCUGUAGAUUCAACUACACCAGGCAGUAGUAGCUAUAAGGCGAAAACAAAGUCUGACCUCUCCUACCAGGGUGUGAAGGCAAGCAAAUCUGGUGUUCAGAAGAAAACUCAAUCGAAGAUGAGUGACCGAGGAAAAUUGAAACCUAAAACACAGAUAUCACAAAAGCCAAAGGAACGUACAGGAAAGAGGCCAUCUGUUGCUGCCCGAAAAGCAAAAGCACUCAAGGCUGCUGCCUCUGGCUUGAAACAAACGGGAACAAAACGAAAGCUGGACAACCGAACACCAGACACUGCAGGCAGAAAGAAGAAAUUUAGAAAAUCUUAGGUCGUUACACUGUCAACAAUGUCAUACAUGAAAUAGUGUUCAUCCAUAAGUUCGCUUUUCAGGAUCUUAGCUUUCUUCUAUCUACGAAUUAAAUCGUGUACAACUCCGUCAUUAAUCAAGAUUUAGUGGUUUGCGCUGUUGAUUUAUGUUCGUACGAUUAUUCUGGAUUGUUGUAUGGACAUAAUAAACAGACAAUGUCCGAAUAUGUGGCUGAUGCUAUGGCAAACACACAAGGUUUUGGUUUA